CAAACUUGAAAGCUGCUGUUGGUUCUUUAUACUGCAUCUGACUGGAGCUGUAGUGUACCAGCAUACACAUCCUAUGUACCAACAUGGUGAUAGAUUGAGUCUGCUACCAGCAGCAACAACGUACAACGGCGCCCUCUGCCACCGCAGUGCUGCACAGGCAGAAUCAAUCACGUGUGGUGCUGUGAUCACCGAAGAGCCUUGUUGUCUCCUCCGGUUGCACUUGUAACUUGAAUGCUAGUUACUACUCCUACUGAUUGUUUGUUACCUUUAUGUCGUCUCGAGCCAUAGGCAUAAACAAAGACGUGUCUUAUUUUCCCAGACCAAAGCAAGAGAUCUUCGCCCUCCCACCGCUUUAGCGCGCCUCCAUGUGCGUCCCUGGGCUGAAGCUCGGUUGCAGACCUAACAGAUCCGAGAGAGACACAGCCUGAGAGUCGCAGCCCUACGACUUAUCAUUCUAGCAGUACAGACUAUCGCACGAUUAGCAAGUAUGGCGCCCUCAGUAAAGAGAACCAAACGAAACACGGGCCCCUGGUCGUCCCUCCGAAUCCUUAACUCCGCCUCGCCGGUCCUGAAAAAGGACAUCCACGGCUUCUUGGUGACAUGCAUCUCUGGUUGGCAUGACAGGUACAACGAAGCUGAAAAGCGUGCAAUCAUCGACAGCAUGCCCCCGCCAUAUCGCCAGUAUGAGCUGGACGAUUCCGGGGCUCUUGUCUGCCCCAUCUCGGUGGAUUUUGUCCUCAAUGACCCGCAUGUCAGAGCUGCCAUUUCCAGGUUCAAGCAAGACGUAAGCGAGGGUUUCUAUGAGAAAGGCUGGCAGAAUCAAGCGAGAAAGGCCGUCAAAGAAAGGCAGGCCGGAAAGUUUGAUACAUACUUGCACGAACAUGUCGAGGAAAAGUUCGGCGAGCAAGCUACCGACAACCAUCCUGAUCGUGUCCCAGGUCAGAUGGAGUCUAAUGGCAGCGAGUGAUGGCUCUGAGAAUCCCCACGAUACAGCACAAACACAUCGCCCUACCUCGACUUCAUAUGCAGCCUAAGUGCCGCUCUCAGGACAACUUUCGCCAGGAUGUUGUUAGUCCACCGGGUGCCAGCGUACCAUAUCCUAGAACUGUCAUGCUUCCAAGAAGAGCUCCCUAAUGGAGAUAUCCUCUGUGUCGAUCCAACAACUCCACCUACAACAUGAUGACUCGCAAAAGUACCCGGAGCUGAAUCAGUUGGUUGUACUUGGUGGGUGCUUAGCAGGCUAUGUUGGAGGUCACGAACAAGAAGACCAGUCCAUUUGUAACUAUACCUGACAGACUUGUAGGGGCUGAUGAUAGUUGAUUUCUUCGGCUCAAAGCCUUGCAGUCGAUAGCAAAUCAUUUGACGGUCUGACUCCUCGGCAAAGCACGGUCAAAGCCAUCAUCUCUCCGUGGGCGGUCUCUUGCCCACAUCCCUACUACUAGUAGUGGGCGAGUUUCCAUAACCAAGUUAGCUGAUCAUCAGAAAGGCGCACGUCCUGAAGACAGACUGUGGUCGGCCGUGAGGGCCGUUCAAAAUCCAUCAUCGUGACGAAGUGAAUUCCGGAUCUUUUGUCAAGUGGAGCCAAGGGAGCUCUACUAAAUAAACAACACCUGACUGUGAGUUCUUGUUGAGGCCGCCCACCAUGUCUGGUAGAAAUUGGACAAUUAGGGCAAUCGACCGCUGGCCACUUCUAUCGACAGUCUCGAGUGGGAAGAACAUGACCCACAGGUAGCGAUGCUCAGGGAUUUGAAUCUGACCGGGCCAAGUGAAGCAAUGGAAGGUCAAGGCAGAGGCGUCCCACAGCCGCAUGUCUGGCAGAUCCACGUGCUUCAUCAGGUUUAAUCAUGACAAUACUGAAAUGGAAGAUGCCGGUCAGACCGAUGCAAAUGGUCUGAAGCCAUGGCAGCCAGGCGAAGGCGUGACAGGAAAAAUGGGUUCAAGGAAAGCACCGGGAAAGGAACAUCGGCAACCUCAUGCAACAGCGUCUCUCAACAGUUAAAGCCGCCAACCACUGAAAAGUGGUUUCACAUCAGACGAAAGAGGCCAACAACACAAGACGCCAUACCUGCACGCUUGGAAGUUCCUAGGGUAGAUAUUUUUGCGAGCAUCUUCGGCAUUUUUCUGGGCACUCGCUCGCUGUUAGAUGAUCCGCAUCGGAUACGUUGUACACGCCGAAAUCCUCCAUGCCGAAGUCGCCAGGCACGUGAUCAGACAGCGCCGCAGGAAGAUCAAGGCUGGCAGUAUCUCUGGCCGUAUCUCGCAAGCCAGCUGAAGUCUGUGCAGCCCAGAUGCAGGUCAGUGGGGAGCGCCUCUCUGUGGAUCGGCUACCAAUGACAGCAGUCCCCUGAACCCUUAGCGACGGGCGUCGAUGCAAGCAUGGCGCGGGGCGUUUUGAAACAGUUAUUUGCCAAAGCCAGCCCGGGGUUCGUGAGCAUGUUCAGCAAGGCGGCCAGUUGGCUUCUGUUAUAGCCAAAGGAAUCAGGAGCGGAAUCUUUGUCCCUCCUCCCCGGCUGCAGGUUGAAGUCAAUUCAAUGUUUUUCACAAUUCUGAGGAUUGUCGGUGUGUACACCGCUUUUCACCGCCAUUAUGGCCUCCAAGUUGUGAUUUUGACAACUGUUAGCAUGCCGUGGCUGGGCAGCUACCGGGAUACAUUGUUUGUCGUGCCAUAGAUACCUUGGUGGUGUACUGAAAAUUGAGGACGGUUGACUGCGGCUUUGUGUACGACGCUGUCGGCCUCUGCUGCUGUAGACGGUCGGCUGCAUCUGCACUUGAGACAUGGUUGACGUAUCCGACGUCCGAUCGUUUUACAGCACCCAGUCAGGUAUUUUUGACCCCAAGAUAGCCUUGGGGGCUCCUCCUAUGACUAGUGAGAUCCACUGUCAGCCUCAAUCAAACGAUCGUGAAUAGGCCUGGCUGUAGCUUCUGGAACAUGAUAGCGAAUCUCAUUUGUGCGGCGUGAGUAACGGUGUCAUGAGCAUAGUGCCCAGGCAGUUGCCGUUUGAUCACGGCAGUGCCAGUAGGAGUAAGUACAAAGUACUGUAGCUGGCGCCACAAGCCGGGCUGCUCCAUCACGAUACCUGGGAUGUUGUUAGAUUUGCCGAGGUGCAGCUGUCAGCUUCAAGUUUCCAAUAAAAGUACCUAGUUCCACCGGGACACCUCCAAGCCUGUUUCAGGCAUAUCCAGCGUGCCUUAAGGAGAAUAUCUUUGACCGGGGUAACAGUAAUGCUAUCAUGGGCUGUUUUUCUUGCAAGGCUUCAAGCUGGUUCAUGUACAUUUUCUCUCCAAAAAAUCGUUCCUUAGUGGGAACCCACAAUGUGGCCCGGCGGUCCGCGGUUGGAUCUGAUGAAAGCGGCGGGACUGGAGUGACGGCUGUCUGCACGAAGCGGCCGGCUAGGAGGAUCCUGGACUGGACGGUUUCUGGAUCGGAGGAGCUAAGCCAGGGACACUAAGGGGCGGUCGGUGGCUGAGCGGAACAAGAACACCGAGGAAAGUUGGCGAGCAUUGAUAUUCAAUGCUUUGCUGAGCAGUGUUUGCAGGCGGAACUUGAAGCAGGGUGGUGCUGGGAACAACCUGAAUGAUGUCCGCAGGCACACAGCAAGUACGGCAGAUACUGGACCUGCAAAACAACCCGGGCGACCGCAGCACAAGGGCGGGACCUACACCGGUACAACGCACUUACAGUGGCCGUGGCAGGAGGAACGGUACCUAGAGACCACUGCAGCAUCUGGAGUCAACCUGAACUUGAACUUGGACGUGAAGCAGUAUGAUGGCAGUGGCCGUACUGUACCUGGUAGGCAGUCGUCGCGCUACCUACGACUACAACUACGACUACGACUACGACUACGACUACUACUGUUACCACCUUCUACUGUAGGUCUAGAGGCACCUGGUAGUGAUAGUAGUAUACCUUCCAAGGUUACUAGUAGUAAGCUGGAAGAGCAGCAGGACGAAUUUUAGCUUCCGCCCACUCGCACAUCAGCCUGCAUGAAUGAACACGACAACAGCAUCUGGCGAACGCUAUGCCACAUCAAGUUCAAAACAAACCCUCCGCUGUCACUGUCAGGUUGUUUGAUAUCUCGCCUACUAGUAUCCAAAUACUAGUAGGGGACAGUCUCCCAUUGCGCUGCUUGCAGUGCCGCCAUCAACCGCCGACUCUACUAGUACCGUCUGACACCAUGGCACUACUUGGGGAGUCCAAGGUCGUCUGGGUUAGCAAUGCAGUUCCCCUUUACGCGCAAGCUAGCGCUGGCGCCGAUGGGACGACAGAGCCAGCAUGGGUAUAUCCACCUUCCCUUGGCCCCAGCGACCUCAAACCACUGCACUACUAGUACUGAUAUCCUAGCCGGUGGAUGAUAUCAGAUACAGUGGUACGCUGGCACGACCUCUCCGCUGGGUUCUCGCAGGGGCACAGGAGACAGCAGCCAGGCGAAUGCCGGAAGUGGAUGGCGCAGACGCCAGCAGCCGCUGCCGCUGCAACGACGUGGAGACGUCAAGAGAGGUCCCGGACUGUUACUGUACAGUACUAACAUUCGUUCCAGUUCAAGUUCGUUCCCCCAAGGUUUGCUUGUUUGUGCUGGCCGCCUCUUAAUGAAGUGUCAGGCUCGAUCACACACGCGAAGAAACACCAAGUCCCCAAAACAAAUAGCAUGUCCGUCAUCUGGGAGACCAAGCGCGAAUGUGACCCGUCUCGUUCUCUUCCGCAGACCCAGACCGCAUUUUGGAGGGCUUCAGUAUUGCACGCUCAGACGGUUGGACAUUUCUUAACCAACACACUCGGUUGGAUCUCUCAUUUUGCCUGGUAUCUAGCAUCUCUUCUGCCGGCCCUGCUAUACCUGCCUACACGGUAGUUGACGAUUUGUCUGUGCUCGAAUUGGGACAAUCCAACGGACAAUCCGGCACCGCCCUGUCUGGGUAGAACCAAACCAGCUGCUCUGUCCACCAGGCGGUGCUCCCGAACAUCAACAUAUAUUUCGCCUUCUGCUGCGACCUCGUCUGCCCACUACCGAUGGUCAUACACCAAAGUGUCCACUGAUGUGUAUGGUAGCAUAUCCUGGUCGCCAGUGACAGUGAACCGCUGCCCUCCGAUCCUGCUGCACCAGGGCUGUCGCUCCAUCUUCCAUCGUGGAUAUCUCGGCAUUGCUCAAACCCACAACCGACGAGGAAAGCCAGUCAGCCAAGUCCCCCUCCUCGGUGUCCCAACCAGAGUCAGGCCCGCCCACCACCGCCGCCAACGUGGCUCCCUUGCCACCCCGGCCGCGUUCGGCGGUGCCGGCCAAGAGACUCUUGAGGAGCCACGAGCAUCCCAUUCAAACACCGGCCAAAAAGCAAUCCAAAUGGUCCCCCGAAGAGGACGCCAAGAUCAUUCAACUUCGACAGGAUGGAAUGAAAUGGGAGGACAUCAGCAAGCAUUUGCCCGGCCGCAGUGCCAUCAGCUGUCGACUCCAUUAUCAGAAUUACCUGGAGAGGCGGAGUGAAUGGGAUGAGGAUCGCAAGAAUAAGCUUGCAAGGUUGUACGAGAGAUUUCGCGCGGAUAUGUGGGCGAGAAUCGCAGAGGAGAUGGCCAUGCCUUGGAGAGCGGUCGAAGCAAUGCAUUGGCAGAUGGGAGAGCAUGAGAUGGCGAAACGAGCGGGCGUGACACCUUUCUCCCUGGCCAAUGUCGCCAGCGGUGUCGAACCAGCCAUGCUGCCACCUAGACCGCCGAUGCGACAUGGCGGCCCUGGUGAACCGAUGCCGCACCACCCACCACUGCCAGGUCAACAGCAGCUGCCCUCCUUAGCAGAGCUCACUGCCGGAUUACCAGCAUUUUCACCGGUGCCCCAUCAGCCACACGACCCUUUCUACCACCAGCGUCAUCAUCAUUACGAUCAUGCCCGGGGACGACACCCACCAUACCGGUAGACGGAACGGGCGGGUGUAUCGUCGGUUUUCGAAUCAAGCAUAUCCGAUACGGGGCGCAAGCAGGCGGGAGCCGUCAUCAUUUCGGGUUUCUCUUGGCGUUGGGUCCCUUCUGUUUUACAUUUCGGUCUUGGACAUGUGCAGCGUGGUGCGGCUUCCAAGAAUUGGCUGCGAUAGAGGCUGGGCUGUGCUUACUGUUCAGAUGACAGCAAGCGGUUGCGAGCGACACUGAAAAAGGGAGACAUAUCUAUCAGGCGUUCGGAGCAAUGACGACCCACCAAUUAUCUCGAUCGUAGCCUGACUUGAGUAUGCGAGCACCCGCUGCGACGGCGUUGUCUUCCAGUUCACCUUUGUGAUACAAAUGAUAGUACCGUUGAUAUGUCUGCGGCGGGGCGUCCGGCGCGGUGGGUUUGUCGGGCUUGAGAACCCAUGGCACAAGGACAUCUUGUUGGUCGCCUUGAUCCCAUCCUCUUCGGCUGUUUUUCUGCUCGAGCGCCCACACAAAUAUCAAUGCUUGACCCCCACCCGAGCCUUCCACGGGCCGUCUUAAUGUAUGCAGGAUCGUCCGAAUCGCCUGGACUCGACGUUCCACGGUGGAGAGGUGGUGGAUUACCGCGAUGGAUAUGGCGAAAUCGAAGCGGAAGGCGGGGUGAGGCAGGCUGAGCGUAUCUGCGACAAUGGCGUCGUGAGGCUGGUGUUGCCGCGCAAUGUCCACGAGGGCGUUCGAUCUUGAAAGCCUGGUCAGUACAGCACCUGCUACCAGUAGUACAUCAAUAAAACGGGAGCGGGAGUUGGAAUCGGGGUGGAGUCAUGCUCAAUGCAUUAUUGCCCAUUCCGUGCAUAGCCACAGCAUACCUGUCCGAGGCGACGAUAAAGACGUUCUUGUUCACGACGAGGUAUUUCCCGUUGCCGCAUCCCACGUCCAGCCCAACGGCGCCCACGGGCAGAUUCCGUAGGAACUCGUCCACCACCGGCCACGGCUAGAAUGCUUUGUCAAACC